UUUGACUUAAUCUGGUAACACUGACCUUUACAAUGUUUAGAGAUUUUAAGGUACUUUGGGUAAAUAUGUGAUAAUUUUAAACGACGCACAACAAGCCAACGACUAAACGAGCCGAAAACCGAGAGGUCAGCGCCAGGAGGCCCAAAAAGAGGCCGCGCGGAAGACCACGUCAGAGCUCUCGCGACUAGAACCCAGAACCUAAACAAAACAAAAACACACCCACCCGCACACAGAAUGUAUUGCCUACAAUGCCUGCUACCCGUAUUACUGAUACCGAAACCCACGAAUCCGGCGCUAAUGGAAACCCACGUUAUGUUUAUAGUACUCUACCUGGUUGGGUUCUUCCUCGAGCGAAAACCCUGCACCAUCUGCAGCCUUGUAUUUCUCACAGCCGUAUCACUUAUAUGCUACAGUGGCGUCGGAAAUUGCAUCUUUUGGGGCAAUUGUGAGGGUCAUCAAUGUGAGAAUGGCUAGAAGAAGUCAUCCCAUUCAACCAUUAUUAAAGUACCCCAGUAGUUAUAGUCAACGAAGAGAUGAAGUGCUAAUAAUAAUAACUACCUAAUUAUGGAAUUACGUUCGCGUUGUUACAGCUUUACAUCCUAGAAAAAAAUCAGAGAAAAUCGGCGGAGAAAAGGCAGAUAUAGAGGAUAUGGUUAACUUGACUAAAUCAGUGAAAUCAGUGAUACAAGUGAUGAGUGAGUCCGACCAGGAACAAAGAUUGUGCGUUUAGAUCCAUUAUAUUAUUUCCACCGCCGUAUAUAUGUUUCCUUCAUAAUUCUUUUGGUUAUGAACAUGUAAUAUUGUAUUCAAGCGUGUCUUUUUGUUGUUUUUAAGGCCUAGACAAAUUUAGUUUUAAAGAAAAAAUAAUAACGCUACGAAAACGUAUUGUACAUCACCCCACCCAAAACCCUAACCCUAACCCUCUAAAAAUCAAAACAAACCGCUACACACCCCACUUGUCAAUGCAACAUACGAUUAGUCAUAUAUGUUAUAUUAUACAAGAAGUAAUUGUAAAGAAAAUUAAGAAGAAAAAAAAAACAAAUCCAUUGCGCAUCCUUGCUGAGCCAACGGAAGCUGCUGACAUCGGUUGUUAUUACCCUGUCUUGUGCACAUGCAACACUGUAUAUACAAGCAUAUAACUUACACUGAUCAAUAUAUAUACAUAUAUAUAUAUAUAUUAUAUACAUAAACUGUAAACGAGAGACAAGCACAAAAAUGUAAAAACGAGGAAAUGCGGGAGAUUAAAGGAUAUACAAAAAACA